CACUGACCGGAUUACAGGAGACGGUUAGAAGGCAGCAGAGGACAACAAAGGAUUCAAAAACAAAAGGGGAAAAAAACUAUAAAGAUAUGCAAAAAUGUGUGAUUAAUGUUAAAGGAAUAAGAGAGUGGAAACAGAACAGGAUAGGACUAUUGCCGAAAGGCAAGGCGUACAACAGAGACUCCUGGGGUUACACAUCCUUCCUUCCAAAGAGUGCGUGGACUAUUCAGAAUUGAGGUUACAAUUGGAUCAGAAGUGGAUCUAAACAACAAGCAAGCUGCACAACAGAAUAACUUGUUGUCUUUAAGGUACAGCUUCGCAGCAACAGAUGAGGAGGGCCUGAAAAUCUCCACACUUGGGCUCCACAACGGCCACAGCUCGCCAAAUAGCCGGUUCCACUCCCCUAGUGGCACAUCCGGAGGAGAUAGGAUAUCAGGAGCCACAGGUCGUAGGAUGAACAAUUACAACGGAAAGAUCUCUACUACAGGAUCGAGCCAACUAAGAAGUCGCUUCGUCAAGAAAAAUGGGCAUUGCAACGUGGUGUUCUCUAACAUGGAGGAGAAAUCACAACGUUACCUGGCCGACAUCUUUACCACCUGCGUGGACAUCCGCUGGAGAUACUUACUACUCCUCUUCUGCUCAACCUUCCUGUCCUCCUGGAUGUUUUUUGGAAUAAUCUUCUAUUCAGUUUCCAGAGCCCAUGGGGAUUUUGAUGAGCACCCUGGAAUGAGUUCCUCUUCGGGGUUGGAAGGGAAUGGGCUUGGGGUUGGUGAAGUUGAAGGGGUGCAGAAAAAGUGGCAGCCAUGCCUCCUUCAUGUGGAGGGCUUCGUCGGAGCCUUCCUAUUCUCCGUUGAGACUCAGACCACCAUUGGUUAUGGGUGGCGCUGUGUCACUGAGGAGUGCCCUGUGGCAGUGAUCACAGUGGUGGUCCAGUCCAUAGUGGGAUGCAUCAUUGACUCCUUCAUGCUUGGCACAAUCAUGGUCAAAAUGGCACGCCCUAAGAAGAGGAACCAGACCCUGCUGUUCUCAAAAACCGCUGUGAUUUCCCUGCGCGAUGGCAAGCUGUGCCUCAUGUGGCGGGUGGGUAACCUGCGCAGGAGCCACAUCGUGGAGGCCCAUGUGCGGGCACAGCUCAUUCGACCCUACGUCACGGCAGAGGGAGAGUUUAUCCCUCUAGAGCAGAGGGAUCUCAACGUAGGCUACGACGAAGGCAUUGACCGUCUCUUCCUGGUUUCUCCUCUGGUUAUCGUCCAUGAGAUCGACGAGGACAGCCCCCUGUACACUGUGAGCCGGGCUGAUCUGGAGUCUGAUGACUUUGAGAUCGUAGUGAUCUUGGAGGGCAUGGUGGAGGCCACCGCCAUGACCACCCAGGCCCGCAGCUCCUAUCUGGCCAAGGAGAUCCUAUGGGGGCAUAGGUUUGAGCCUGUGAUCUUUGAGGACCGAACCAAGUAUCAGGUGGACUAUGCUCGCUUCCACAAGACCUACGAGGUGCCCUCCACACCCCACUGCAGCGCCAAGGAGCUCAGUGAGACGGCCAGCCGGCCUGCCUCAUCCGCCUCCUCCCACUCACUAUUCCCAACCAGCCCCAGAAUCACCCAGCACCUCGUAACCCCCCACUCCCCCAGCGCCUUCUGCUAUGAGAAUGAGGUAGCACUGAGCUGUGGAGAGGACGAGGAUGAACUGGAUAGGCAAAAGGGAAAAGACAGGGAGGAGGAAAGGAGGAAUUCAGUUUCUGUAGACUUUCAUAAUUUGUUUCAGGACACAGCCACAAUGACAUCCGGCAGCAGCAUGCUGUGUGUUUUGGACAAUCAGAUGGAUUUUGACAUCCUACAGACGACCAUUACUCGUGAUCCACUGACAUAUAAAAGUGAGUCAGGAAUCUGAGGCAAAGGGAUGGCACCCUCAGACCCUUCCCAAAACCCUCCAUUCACAUAUACCGAUCUGUAGGUCUUGAAGAGAGGUCUUCCUUUUUGUAUUUUGCACGUUUUGCUCUGGAUUUAGUACUAGAUCUACACCCCUUUCGCCUUGCCAGCAUUAUUUUGUACUUUAACCUGAGCCCAUGUUUUUGUUUGUGGAGAGAACCAAAUGGGAGGCUGAGGUAGUGGUUCUACUCUGCACACCUCACCCAUACUUGUACCUCAGUUGGGCUGUGGGACAGUCACCUAGAGAGAUAAUUACACAUGAGAUUGUAUGAACGUGUGACUUUUUUAACGAGGUAAUAGGAAAGGAACACCAAGAGAUGGACAGUUCCAGCAGAGAGCUGAGGAUGAGACAAAUAACGACUUGUUGAGACGUGUGCAAUGAAGGAUAAACAGACAUUUGACCAAAGGAGCACUUCUGCUACAGAAACUGUCUCAGGAGGAAAUGUGCAGGGAAGAUACACAGAAUAUUUGAGUAACAUUCAAGUAGGUAGGUAUGAUGUUUAUCUACACAGUCUUAUUGUGUAGUUUGUUUCAUUUGGACAUGAUACGUGAUAUUUUGAUGCGUAAUCAACCUCCAGUGUUCUGUAAAGAUAAAAUGACUGGUGAUAUGACAUGUGAUAUGAAUCAUACUUGGGUUCUAAUACUAUAUCAACAGGAUAGUUUGCUGCUUUCUACUACUUGCACUAUUGUUCUUCAGUCAAGUUUUCCUCUGAGCCUCUUUUCUCCCUAAUUUACUCAUUUACACACGUUGUUUUCAUAGUGUCUUUAGCAUAGAUCAAUGAAUCAUUUAUCGGUUGUUACUGUGCGUAAUAACAACAACACAAUGACCAACGCAGUCAUUAAAUAAUCAUAGCUAAGGGUCUUAAUGUCUAAAAUCCAGUUCUUCAUUUGCUGGAGAAAAGAACUAGGUGUCUUCAUUCUCCAGAAUCAGGUCGUUUUUUCUCACAUUUUUUUAUUAAAGGCCUGUUUUGGUGUUGCAAAAGGAGCAGGAAUGUGACAUAAUGGAAAGUCCCUCUCUUCAGUGUAUAUCAGUAGAGAACUUAUCAUGAGUUACUUAUCUGAUCUCUCAUGUCACCUUAAAGACUUUUCCCGAUAGACACCUUUAGGGGAAUCAUCUGAAAGCUGUCGUCUUUAGAACGUGAGAUCUCAUAAAGGUUGAUUCUAGAGAGACUGAAUAGAGAGAAACAUCUUUGUGUAUUCCAAAGUGUCUAUAUUUAAUCUCUUUCCCACUCAGUCAAAUAUAAACAACACUGUCUUGUUUGUUGGCAUAUGGUUUGUGUAUGAAAUGACUCAAAUACUUUUUCUGACCCUUCUCAUGCACCGUAGCUCCUAUUGUGUGUAGUUGUCUGAAUGAUGCACAUGUCCCUUGUCUGUCUCCUGCACUACACUGCACCUGUUUUUCUCUUAUCUUUUUCCAACAACAUCUGGUUCUUGAGUAACUUUUGCCAUUUUUACAUCUGCAAAAUUGUUUCUGAAGAUUAUAUAAACUUGAAUGUGUGUGUGUGUGUGCCUGUGCGUGCGUGUGUGUGUGAGAGAGAGAGAGAGAGAGAGAGAGAGAGAGAGAGAGAGAGAGAGCACUGGGCAUUCAGUAUGGCAGUAGGCUUUUCAAGUCAAAACUUGCACUUUUUCAAAUAACCAGACCUUUGUGGCAGUUGAGCCACACGGGAAACGUUGUCACCACAAUGCAACUGCUACUUUAUAUUUUUUACAAUGAACGUACUGUGUUUGAGGGGUUGUGUGCACAUGUCGACAUGCUAGCAGCAGCAUGGAGUAAAUGCUGAGCGAUGACAGUGAGGAAUCUUUAUUAUGCUACUAUAUCUGGUUUACAACGUGUGUUUGUAAAACAACUGUGUCAUAUUAUUUCCUGAAAUAAUUGUGUUGAUUUAUCUCUGCCGCUCAAUCUCCCGGCUUGCACGUCUCUAUUAACAUGCCGUGCGUGGCGAAACAGAACAGACAAAUUCCCUGACCAACACAAGCUUGAACAGCGAGUAAAUCAUAGAAUGCACUUUACUCCUUGUGUGUACCUUCUGAUGUUGAAAAUAAAUAUGUAUAAUGUAUGUUCUUUGACUGUCUCUGUACAUGUAGAAUAUGAACAAUAUUUGUGCACUGACUAACAAACAGUUGAAGUGAGGAGAGAAUCAAGGGAUGGAAGGAUGGAGUUGUUGGUCCCAUGCUGCGCCACUAGGUGACUCUGAACACGAUUCCAUCAGCGAGGUCUCCAGCAGGGAAUACUGAGGCAAGCGUUCCCUCUAGUGGUGGAUUUGUUCCAGUGUGUUCACCCCCCAGCUUCCUGGGUCAACUAUCAGACUGAGGCAGUUAUGUCUGAUCACUAAGCGACUAACGGGACUCUUCAAAACAAGAACAUCCAAACGAAAAUGGAAAAGCAUCAAAUCGUAAAAUACAGAGUGUAUCAAGGGGAUCUGAGGCCAUUACUGAUUACAAGGAUUCUCUGGAGCAGGAAAUCAAGGAGAGGACAGAGUCGUCUCUGGUAGUCAUGGCCUGAUGGUACGGUGGGAAAUGAAGUCCAGAAACAGUUGCAGCCUCAACACAAGACAGAAGAAAAACUGACUCAAUCGUCCAAAAGAAAAAUGUGGUUUCUGCACCAGAGUCUGGCAAUAAGGUCACAGAGAGCUGAUACGGAACCUUCAGAUAUACACUCAGGUAGGACCCACCUGGUCUUGGUAGAACAGAGAUAGAAUCUGAAUAGGGGACACAGAGAGCUGAUACGGAACCUUCAGAGAUACACUCAGGUAGGACCCACCUGGUCUUGGGAGAACAGAGAUAGAAUCUGAAUAGGGCUCACAGAGAGCUGAUACGGAACCUUCAGAUAUACACUCAGGUAGGACCCACCUGGUCUUGGGAGAACAGAGAUAGAAUCUGAAUAGGGGACACAGAGAGCUGUUACGGAACCUUCAGAGAUACGCUCAGGUAGGACCCACCUGGUCUUGGGAGAACAGAGAUAGAAUCUGAAUAGGGGACACAUAGAGCUGAUACGGAACCUUCAGAUAUACGCUCAGGUAGGACCCACCUGGUCUUGGGAGAACA